CAUUCUCCCGUCACAUUCCCAUUUUUGUGACCUGAAUUAGUUUAAUUUAGUGAAAAUUUAACAAUUUCAACAUGAGCAAUACUGUGGAUCCACGUCGCAAGGAGAAAAUCAACCGCUACAAGGCGCCCAAGAACCAGGGCCAAGGCGGUGGCGCCAACGAGGACAUGAUGCCGGACUACAUGAAUAUUUUGGGAAUGAUUUUCUCAAUGUGCGGACUGAUGAUGAAGCUCAAAUGGUGUGCCUGGUUCGCCCUGUACUGUUCCUGCAUUAGCUUUGCCAGCUCCAAGGCCAGCGACGAUGCCAAGCAGGUGCUCUCCUCCUUCAUGCUGAGCGUCAGUGCUGUGGUCAUGUCCUACCUCCAAAAUCCAGCUGCCAUGACUCCACCAUGGGCCUCGUAGCAGUAAGAAGCCAAAGCACAGCAUUUCCUGGUUCUAGUUUAAAUAAAUGUGAAUUUUUAUUGCGAUCCAAGAGGGGAUAAAGAAAUGUACUA